AUGAUGCGCUUCGCAUGUUCGCAACUUACGGUCGAACGUUUGGAUCCUUUGGUCAACCCUGGAGUUGUCGGAAGCCCGCAUACGCACCAGAUUGUUGGAGGAAACAGCUUCCAGCCCGAAAUGAAGCCUGGAGAAUAUGACAUGGUAGAAAAAAGCACUUGUACUACGUGCACAUUCAGCGAAGAUUUCAGCAACUAUUGGACCGCGGCAUUAUAUUUUCGCGCACAGAACGGCACAUACAAACGUGUUCAGCAGUUCCCGAACGGUGGACUAAACCAGAGAGGUGGUAUGACAGUAUACUAUAUACCCCCCUAUGAUGGCGUCAGUAAUGUGACUGCCUUCAAGCCUGGUUUUCGCAUGCUCGCCGGCAACCCGCUCCUUCGCAACACCACCGGUGAAUCCCGAGGUAUCUGCCAUCGUUGCAUCUAUAAAAAUGCGCAACCCUUUGGCGGUGCCCCGUGCACAGAAGAAGAUACGACCUUUCUUCCCACCCGAAUGUGCGAAGGCGGUAUCCGCACACAAGUCACGUUUCCUACAUGCUGGGACGGCGUAAAUCUUGAUAGCCCCGACCACCAGAGCCAUGUUGCAUACGCGGAGAUCCCCUACGAACCGUAUGUUGCACCCUUGGCAACGCAUCCAUAUACGCCCGAGCAGCAGAGGGGAAAAUGCCCAGAGGGAUUUCCGAUUAUGCUGCCACAGGUCAUGUAUGAGGUCAUGUUCGAUACAACGCCAUUCAACCAGAAAGAGCUAUGGGGCAACGAGGGAACACAGCCUUUUGUGUUCAGUAUGGGUGAUGCGUAA